AUGGAUGUUGUGCAAUUAAUAAAUAGUGUAUAUCACAGAAGGGCUAUAUGGGAUCAGAGUCAUCCAGAUCAUCGCAACCGAUACGUGCUAGAUAAGUUAUGGGAGGAGGUAGCCAAUGAAUGCAAUAAUCAGUCGGAAAAUGUCGCGAACUCUUUGACCUUCACCCAGUUGCCUUCCUCUAGAAAAGAACUGAAGAAAAUACCUCUGCCCCGGUCUGGUGAUCCAGGCGAAGAGGCUCUUAAAAAGAGCUCCUGGCCUCAUUUCAAAAGUUUAUUGUUUCUGAGAGACCAGUUUCUGCCGAGAUCCAGUCAUAGCAACCUGUUGGAUCCCGACAAUGACACACAAGUUUCGACACCCUCUACGCAGAUGGAUGAAAAUGAUGGUGACUAUGACGAAGACGAAAUGGACGAAACGCAGGGUGUAGAAACGCAGGAAACAGAACCCGACCACACAGAAUCAGUCACUCCAAUUCAAAGCACACCAAAAGAACCACGAACUAUUCUAAAGAAUAGGGCCCGAAAACGGUCAAAUCAACUUGACGCUUUUCUUGAGAUAGAGAAGAAAAAACUACAAUAUUUAGAUGAGAAACGUGUCGCUGCAGACCGUGGCAGAGCCCUACCAGUCACAGAUGACGAUAAACUGUUUUUUGAUAGCCUUUUGCCCCACGUGGUGAAAAUUAGGCCUCAUCGAAAACUUCAGUUCCGCAAUGAAAUUCAAAAUUUGGUUCAGAAGUAUGCCUAUGAAGAGUACUCGAACAAUCAGUCCACCAUCAAUGUAAAUGUCUUGGGGUAUAUUCAAACGUGGACGAACUCAGACAGCUCCGUAAGUAGAGGGAUUUCUUUAAUCGCUUGGCAGCAAAGUAGCAACUUGAAAAACAGGACGAAUGCGGUAUUCUAUUAUUUGGAGGAAUUCUCAUUCGGAGUGUUUGCUGGGGAAAUUCGUCGUCAAAUAAAGUGGAAUCUUACUCUUGUUGGAGAAAGAAUGUUUCUGAUACCUUUGUAUUUGCACGUGUCAUAUGCUAAAAUGAAAGUAAUAGAAGUAAAGAAAUGUGUCAAAGGUAGUUAG